AUGAAGGGGUUAGGAGAUAACCGAAGCCGCCAUCUAUCUGAUAACCUGGACUCUCCUCAAGACUCUCUCUAUGCCACUCAAGAUAGGAAUCCUUAUCUUCUUAGUCCCACAGAUUCCUACUCAAUGGACCCUCGGUUCCCAACGCCCAACUCUCUCCACAGUGACUGCCUCCUUCCCCUCAACAACCAGAUUUCUAAUAGCAGUACAUUUCCACGUAUUCAUUACAACUCUCACUUUGAGGUUCCUGAUGAGAACCCCUUUCCAAGUCAUGCCCAAGCCACCAAAAUUAACAGACUCCCUGCCAACCUGCUAGACCAAUUUGAAAAACAACUGCCCAUCCACAGGGAUGGUUUUAGCACCCUCCAAUUCCGGAGAAGUUCAGAUGCCAAACACCGGAAUGAAAACCCCGGGAGAAUACGGCACUUGGUUCAUUCAGUCCAAAAACUUUUUGCUAAGUCACAGUCCUUGGAAGGUGCUUCUAAAGGCAGUGUGAAUGGCAAGAAAGGCACUGAGGACUCAAAACCAAACCGGAGGAGCAAGAGUAAAGACCGUGCAAAAACCACAGAGACUAAACGCAGGACGAGAUCCAACAUAUCAGGCUGGUGGAGCUCAGACGACAAUCUGGACAGUGAUACCUGCAACUAUCGUAACCCUAUGGGCCUCAUGACCCUUGGCAGGCAGCCUGAUCACAGCCAGCCUAAAUACUUUAUGCAUGCUUAUAACACAAUCAGUGAACAUAUGCUGAAAUCGUCCAAGAGCAAUAAUGACCUCAAGAUCACCACUUGCACCAACAUCCCCAUCAACAGUGAGUCAAACUACAUCAAAAGAGGGUCCUGGUCCACUCUCACACUCAGCCAUGCCCGAGAAAUGUGCCAAAAGGCUUCAGCUACCAUCGACAGAGCAUUGUUGAAAUCUAAAUCCUGCCAUCAAGAUUUAGCGUAUCAGUACUUGCAGGUGCCUCAGGGAGACUGGAAUAAUAUGCUGACGAGGGACAAAGACAAUGAAAUUCCAUGCCGGCGCAUGAGAAGCGGGAGUUAUAUCAAAGCCAUGGGUGAUGAUGACAGUGAGGACUCAGAAACCAGCCCCAAGCCAUCUCCUAAAACUGCAGCACGGAGGCAAAGUUACCUCAAGGCCACUCAACAGUCACUGGGUGAACAGAGCACCACUCAAAGAAGCCUGGAUCGCCUUGAUUCUGUUGAGAUCCUUUUACCACCAAAAUUUCCAAGCUGGGAGGAAGAAUACAAUCAAAUCUCAGAAAACCUGGAUGAGUCCAGUUGCAUCAAUCAGAUAUUUGGACAAUCCUCAUUUAUUCCACAGAUAUUUACACAAGAAGAGCAGACAACAGAAGAAGAGCUGAAUGAUCAAUAUGAAGGUAUGUGUGAAUCGGCUUACAGUGAAGCAGAAUCAGCUGCUGUGGAAGUACUGGAGCUGCCUCUUCCCAGCUACUUCCGUUCCCGGAGCCACAGCUACCUCCGAGCUAUCCAGGCAGGUUGCUCCCAAGAAGAGGACACCGUCUCUGUUCAGUCCCUCUCGCCACCCCCAGCCAGCACCAUCAGUGGCAGCCAAACACUUCCCAGCAACAACAGUUCGGCAUGCCUAGUGGGCUAUAAAAAGACACCACCACCAGUCCCACCUCGGACCACCUCAAAGCCAUUCAUCUCUGUCACGGUGCAGAGCAGCACUGAAUCGGCACAGGACAACUACCUGGACAACCAAGACCACAAGAGUGAAGUCAACAGCCAGUCGGGACUGAGCAAUUCCUCAGAUAGCUUAGACAGUAAUAGGCCACCUAGCGUAACGAGAGGAAACCUCACCACUCCAGUCAAUGAGCCUCCUGAGUUACCCCAGAAAAAUGCAUCCUUGAAGAGCGACAAAGGAACAUUGACGAACGAAGAGCCGAAGGUGGAGAACAUCCCCAAAAGGAAGCUGUCAUCUAUAGGAAUACAAGUUGACUGCCUUCAACCAGUGGCAAAAGAGGAGCUCCCUCCAUCAGCCACCAAAUUCCAGUCCAUCGGGGUACAGGUAGAGGACGAGUGGCGCAACAGCCACUCUCACAGCAUGUCCAACAAACAGGAUACAGAUUCUGACUCUCAAGAGCUGAAUAAUUCUACCUGUAAAUCAUCUGAAAGAAACCUUGCUGAUUGUUCCCCCUGCAACAACUCCAACAACCUUGAUGCUAACACGAGGCAAGCAGCCAUGCCCUCUGAAAGCAAGAAAAACCUCUCCUAUGGAGAUAGCAAUGACCCAGCCCUGGAACCUUCCUCUCUCCCUCCUCCUGAUCCUUGGCUUGAAACAUCCACUAACACUCCAUCAGAACCAACACAGCCGGGAGCUUGCCGAAGGGAUGGGUACUGGUUUCAGAAGCUACUGCAGGCAGAGACGGAAAGGUUGGAAGGGUGGUGUCGACAGAUGGACCAAGAGACUAAAGAGAAUAAUCUCUCUGAAGAAGUCUUAGGCAAAGUCCUCAGUGCAGUGGGCAGUGCACAACUACUAAUGUCACAGAAAUUCCAACAAUUCCGUGGCCUCUGUGACCAAAACUUGAACCCCAAUUCCAAUCCUAGGCCCACAGCACAGGACCUUGCUGGGUUUUGGGAUCUCUUACAGUUGUCCAUUGAAGACAUCAGCAUGAAAUUUGAUGAGCUGUACCACCUGAAAGCUAAUGGUUGGCAGGUGACAGAGCCAUUGGAGAAGAAGGAAGAAAAGAAACCACCCCCUCCUGUUCCAAAGAAGCCAGCUAAACCGAAAUCUCAGCUAAACCGGGAUAAGGCAUCUGACUCAGUGGACAAGCAGCGCCAGGAAGCUCGCAAACGCCUCAUGGCAGCCAAGCGUGCGGCCUCUGUUCGACAAAACUCUGCCACUGAGAGUGCGGACAGCAUUGAAAUCUACGUUCCUGAGGCACAGACCCGUCUUUGAGCAAAGGGAAGAGGAAGAAAACACUUUUUUUCACACCAUUAAAAGAGGAAAACAAAACAAAAAAAAAUGGGUUCACUAAACAGUAGUGUGAUUUCUUUGGUCUAGAGAUACCAGAGCCAACCCUGCCAAGGGCUCCCAAUUAGACCUUUCCUGGUUCUGUGCUUUGGUUUUUCUCCUCCCCAUCUUUCACGCUGGCUGUGGUGUGGCUGAACAAACUUUUGGAAACACAGUCCUUUACACUUGGAACUGCAACCUUUUUACUUGUCAAUCUGAGGAGAAUUAUUAGCUUGUUUACAUGAAAUGGACUAAAUUGAAACAAACAAACUCCCCCUGCCCGCCUUCAGCACUUGCCAUGCUGUGCUUCCCCCACCCCGAAUCCUUUGGCUAUUUGUUCUGUCUUCUAUCCCCAGAGAAUCUCUUUAUCUCCACCCUCACUGUUUUUCUUGCAUUUUAUAGUUGUCUCCUCUUUGCCAUCCUUUUCUCUGCAUGGCAUCAUUUACUGUGUUAGAAGUAAACUCUUCUACAGUGCUGCAGAAGAAAACACCGCUCAGCGUGUACUCUUGCACUCUGCUAGUGAGCAGCCUUCAGUUUUGUUACAUAUUAUUUCCUUUAUAGAUGGGUUGGGAGUGGGUGGCCAGGGCUGGGUUGGGUUGGGGGAGGCAGUGAGGCUUUAGGGUUAAUAUAUCUUGUAGUCCAAUGAUGUAAACAGAGGGCACAUUCGGUGAGAUAUAAACGGUGUGUUUUGUUGUAAUAGCCUGGAAGCAAAAAAAAAAAAAAAAAGUGCAAUAAGAGAAGUGUUUUGUCUGCACACUCCCAUGAAUAGUGCUGCAAAAGAAGGAUUUCCUAUCCAGGGCAUCCGAAAGAAACACAGCAAGGUGGAUUCACAUGUUGCCGCACACACUUUUCUUUUUUUCCUGUACUCUCUUCCCCUUUGCAAUUUUUUGUAUGUGAUUUUGUGUGCAAGGAUCAAUGUAUAAGAAACCAGCUGCUAUACAAAGGGUGGGAAAAACUUUCAAAGUUGUACUUAAUACGUUCUAUGGUGAAAGACAAUGGUUUUUGUACUGAAAAAAAAAAUGAGGUAGAUAUUAGAUGGUUGGCAAAUUGCCUGCCUGUAUGUAUGUGUACAUAUGCACAUAAUACACUUAGUAGGAUAUGUAAAUUUAAUACAUACCAAUGCAUACAUAGCUAAUCACACAUGUACACAUUCAGAUGGUGUCUUUAAAAAGCACCUCCAAGAGGAUGGGUGUAUGUAUAGCAUAUAUUUUUACAUGUACUAUAGCUAGAUGUGUGUAAAAGUGUGUGCAAAAAUAUAUACCGUGCAUAUUCUCAGCCAUUCUGGCCCCUUCUGUCUCAUAUUUUUGGAGGAACCAUCAUGAAAUUUCAUUUGACCUUCCUCUUUCCCUCUGCACACCUAUUUUGAACUAAUCAAUGAAGCCAGGAAUCAAACAGCCAAAUCUAAAUUUCUCCUGUGCCCUCCACACUACCCUGUUUUCCAUUUCUACACUUCUCAGAAAGCUGUGCACUGUAAUUUGGGGAGUCUUGAGAAAAGAAGGUAUUUGAUGGAUAGCCUAAAGUGACCAGAACACAAAAGAAUUUUUUUUACUGGUACAUUAAUGAAAAUCAUGUCAGUGAAUGCUGUCUAUGCAUAGGGAGUGUUAGAUUCUUACCUGCCCACUUAAUGUACAAUUUUGUAAUCUGUGAAAGCUUGACCAUAUAGAGUAUGGCUUCAAAAGAGACUUGAUUUAUUCUAUUUUCCUCUCCCUCUCCAAUAACCUUACUUUGAUGAUGGAGGGUGCUUGAUGAACUUUUGAAACAAGUGGCUGACUUUCACAGUUCUUCCUAUUAAAAUUUGAAACGCUUGGAAUGUGACUUUUUUUACUUGCAUUUCCCAAAGCAGCAAUGUUAGAAAUUAGGGCAGGUGUUUGAUGGACUCCGUUUCAAUAGUAUAUGUUUUGGCGUGCAGUUUGUCAGUGGGAUUAAAUCUUAAAUGUAUGUAAUUCAGCAAAACAGGUCUCCCGGUUUUAGAGAAGUGUUUGCUUCCACAAUUACACAAUUACCUUGAAAAAAAGAUAGACAUGCUUUUCUCUGGUAUAUGUACUUACAUGCUAUAUACACGGAAUAUAUUUGUCCAUUUUACAUCUUAGGUGUAUUUACAAAGGGGCAUUUUUAGCUGAUGUGUACCCCUGGUGUGAAUUGGCAUCGUUAGUUUGUUGCAAUAAAAAUAGUAAAGAUCAUGGGUUCUGAAACAGUCCUGAAAAACACUUGGGGUCCUGACACAAGGGCUUGUCUUCAGCAUGCCUCCAGCAUUGCUAACCACACUUGGGAGGUAAUUAUGGGCUUUGGUGGAAGAGAGAUCAAAGCAAGGGCAGUCAGCUGGUUUCAAAGCAAGGAAACAUCAGAAGUUUUACUUCAAACUCUCAGCACUGACCUUUCUCCCCCAAUGUUUUCUUUUAAAGGCCUACUUGGUAGUAACUACUACUUGAUCCUCAAAAGAGCACUGAAAAUAGUUUCCAUAGAUGGCACUUGCAUGAAAUGACACAUUUGCUGAAGUAUGCAUACUUCAGGAAUUGAAAUAUUGUGGUCACCUUUCCUUCUGUAUCUCCUCCAACUGUAGCAGAGGAUUCUUCACAAAACUAACUUAUUCUAAUCUACAAAUCCGUAUUAGCGAUAAGGUAGCCUCUCUCUAAUCCAAAUCUUGCGUCUGUGGAUGACAUAGCUUCUUUUCAAAAUGUGUAAAGCAGUGUUUCUCAACCUUGACAAUUUUAACAUGGAUUUCAACUCUCAGACUACUCUAUCCAAAAUUCUAGAGUUGAAAUCCACACA